AUGUGCAGUUGGUGUUUAGCACAAAUUAGCUUCUUUGAACAAGGAGAGUUCAGUGUUGGUGCGGUCCUACGUGCCCGGCCUCUCCAGGUGGACUCAGAUUCCCAGCAUGCCUCGCUGGGCCGUGCGUGGCUGCGGCGCGUGACGUCGGGGAGGGAGCUGGCCAGUGCUGAGGGGGCGCGGCGCGGAGGGGCGCGGAGCCGGCGGCUCGGGGCCCUGAGAGCGCGGCGCCCGGGAGCCCGCCGGCCGCUGACAGCCCCCACUCCCCCCAGCGAACUGCGACGACCACGACGGCUAGGGUGCGGGUCAUGGCGGAGCAGGGAACCCAGCGCAGGCCCUGAGCAGCACCGCAUGGAGCGGGACGAACGGCCGCCCAGCGGAGGGGGAGGCGGCGGGGGCUCGGCGGGGUUCCUGGAGCCGCCCGCCGCGCUCCCUCCGCCGCCGCGCAACGGUUUUUGUCAGGAUGAACUGGCAGAACUCGACUCAGGCACUAGAAAAGAAAUGAGAAAGAAAGGGGAAGAAAGAAAAGGAAGAAAGAGAAAGAAAAGGAAGAAAGGAAGGAAGGAAAGAAAGGAAUAUAUGACUGCCAGGAGCAGUGGAUUUGUCAUGCAGGCACCAAGUCCCAACUAAUAAAUCUAGUACAAUUAAAAGAAAAACUUUUAAUCUUUUUACUAUUUUGUUCAGUUUUGGAUUUGGAUAUGUCUAUUAUGGUAGAAGAUCUUCACCACAUGUAUGUGUUGUGGAUAUUCCCAGUCUUUAACUUUCUGUUAACUUGUCAAUGUAUUUUUUGACAAGACUUUGUAGUUUUUUGAAUUCCAGUUUAUUUUAUAUUUCAUAAUUAGUGCUUUCUGUUGCCCUGUCUAAAAUAUCAUGACUUAACCAGUGCAUGCAAAGGUAGUCUGAUUCUUCACUUGAAAUUUUAUGGCUUUAGUUUUUAUAUUUAUGUCUAUAACUUAACUAAUUUCUUUUUGUAUGGUAUGAGAUUUAAAUGAACUUUUUUAUGUGAAUGUACAUUUGUUGCCAUGUUGUUUGUUGAAAAUACUUCUCACUGAAAUUUUUGUUACUUGUUAAAAUAACUUGAUCUUUAUAUACGUUUAAUUAAAGAAAAUAGUCAAUCUAUCAGUAAUUCAACAUUUAUUAUUGUUUUGCAAUAAAUAUAUUGAAAUCAGGGACUAUCAGUCCUCUAGUUGCCGCCUUUUCUAAGAGGAUUUGACUAUUCUCGGUUUUUACUUGGUUUUUAUUUACUUACUAAUUUAAGGAUCAGACUGUAAAUUUUACCCACAAAAAGCCUGUUGAUUUUGACUAUUGUAUUGACUAACAAUUUGGGGAUAACUGUUUUCUUAGAAUUGUCUUCUAAUCUGAAAUCUAUCUUUGAUUAGGAGUCUAUGAUUUUUCUUAGCCAAUGUUUUUCAGACACUAGUGUGGAAAUCUCAUACUUUAAAUUUACCACAAAGUAUUAUAUUUUCUAAUGAUAUUGUAAAUGACAUUAGUAUAUUUUUAAUUUUCCAGAUGUUUGUUGCUAGUAUGUAGAAGUAACAUUGAUUUUUGUAUUUGUAUCAUACAUCAUUGUUAAAUUAGUUUACUAGUUAUAGUAACUUUUAAAAAUAAAAAAUUUAGAACUUUUUAUAUGUAUACCUGUGAAUAAAGACAUUCUUAUUCUUUUUGUUGUUCAUGACUUUUAUCUUUUUAGCUCAUUUACUUUCUUCGACUAAGAUUGCCAUCCAGUCCAAUGUUAAAAAAAGAUGGUGAGAGUGAUAGUCUUGUGUUUUGAUCUUGGGGCAAAGAAAAAAUUUACUAUUUCAUUAUCAAACAUGAUGCUAGCUAUAAGUUCUUCUUAAAAGUUGUGGUCAAGUAUAUUUUAUCUUAACCAUUUAUGUGUACAGUUUAAUGCCAGAAAGUAUGUUCAUAUUGUUAGGCAAUUAUUGGGUUGCUGGAAAAGUCAUGACAUAUUUUUCUAUGUAAAAUUGUGAC